GUGCCGCAUGUACACGCCGUAGCGGAGCCCGGCGGAGGCGUCUUUCUGUGCUGUCCUCACGUCAACCCGGCCGCCGCGCCGGCCUUGCACACUGUUACUGUACCGGCGGGUUCAUGCACAGACUGCCCGGCCGCUGAGCUCUGCGCGAGUGCCGCUUGAGGAAGUGACCUGCGCGCCUGCCAUGUGCUUUCAUUUCCCGGUCGAGGCGCCGGGGUCAGGGUGGGACCGAGGGUCACGGUUAAGGUCGCGGGCUGUAGGGUCGCCGUGCGCCUACGCUCCGCCCUGCAUUGGCUGCUCGGUUCCGGGCGUGGGAGAGACGACACCCGCGGGCUGCUAGAGGUAGUUCUUUGGUGCCAACUUGUAGGCAGCCUAUAGGUGGUUCAUUUAUAUGUAUAGGGGCUGCGCACACCUAUGUAUGCGUGUCACUCGCCGUCGACAUUCCUUCUCGGUGACACAUCCAAGUGGUGCGCUGGAGUGUGCCAAAGCGCAUGAAAAGCUCCCGGAGACUUGGAUGAGGUCAAAGUCGUCGCCUUCAUCUGUGGCCCAAACAGACGUGGUUCCAUGAUUCAUCUGGGGGCCCGGAGCUGCGGCCCCAGACACACAGGAUUAGGGCGGAGCCCCUGAGGAACACCUACCUGUGCAUGUUAAGAGGCAGAGCCAAGCGUCGACUGUUUCAGAUGGACACAGGGAAACCACCAGCAUUCUAUUUCAAAAGGCAUAAGAUGGAAGAAAAAACUCGAGUCUGAUACAACACAGUUUGACCUCCCACCGUCCUCUCCUCUUUCUCCGAUCCAGAAAACCUCGCCUGCUUUCUACCUCCCAGAGAACUAGAAAAGGACACAAACAGCAAUUUAUUAUCUGUCUCAGUUCCUUUUUGUUUUUGUGCAACACUUCUCCAUUUACCUCAGGGAUUUUCUCCCACUGCCUACCUCCUCCACCGAAUCAGCCAACCCAGUGAGAGGAACACACCUGUGACCUCUCACUGCCGUUACCGUGACAACCUGUAUUGCCUCUCAAGCUCUCUUCACCGCAACCGUGACGAGCAGCAACGACCUUGGACCUCUUACCACCUGCCAGCUCAGACAUGCUCGCUACCUAAACUGUACGGAUCCACACUUGCAGCCAGUCUAGUUGUUACUGGAAGGAAAAGUAUCAUAUUGCCAGAAAGGCAGCUACACACUGACAAUAGCCUCACGCUUCAAUAUGAUAAACCUGGCAGGCAACUAUAUACCUCCACAAUAGCCUCACACUUCAAUACAAUAUACUUGGCAGGCAACCAUAUACCUCAACACUACUGACUCUAGACAGACAGUCAACAGAAGGGAACUUUUCAGUAACAGCAUUCGCUAUCCUGGUGCUUCAGUCCACCAAGUGAGUAAGACAUCCUCACUAGCCUGGUGCUUCAGUAUACUCAGUAAACAACUCACUUCAGCAUCUUCCAUUUGCCUUAGAGGCGGGAGAAUAGCGACAGUAGCCAGGGAGGCCUCUGGAGAAGCAGGGCGAGAGACUCAGGAGUAUUGCCUGGCAGGCAACUUCACUUCACUGGCUUCUCAGAAAAUUACAUCAUACGCAAGCUUUCGUGAUCUAAAAGGUAGCAUAAAUCAGCAAUUGCCCGCAAGGCCUUCAGAAGUCACAGAAGAGACGUUCCUCCUGCCUUGGGCUCCUCCGGAGAAGUCAAACUACCCGCGGAGCAGGGGAAGUUCUUUGGGACCUCAUCAGCUUUUCAUAGUCUGGGGGCGAGCCACAAAGAAUAAAGAAGUUCCUGGCAGAUUUCGCUUCACGAGAAUACCCAUAUUGUGUGACAGUGAGGAGAAAAGGAGGGAAGCAAGCCGCAAGAGUGAAGAGAAGAAUGCAGUGCUCUCUUUUGCUUCCACUGAUGUCUCACCCACCGUGCUCCUCCCAGCCAAUCGCCGCCCAGAAUCUCAGAUGGCCGUAUACUGAAGUGGCCACCAGCGAAUGCUGAGCAGGCUGGCGAGCUCGAGGUCCGCCUCAUUGUGCUGUGAUUGGCUGCUGGAUGGGACUGAGGCUGCAUGGAGCCAAUAUCCAACAAGCAGGAUAGCAACUCAUCAGAGGGAGAUGAGAAAGGGUGGCCAAAUGUGCCGAAGAGAAAGAGCAAGAAUGGGCAGUGUUCGGUGAAGAGUAUGUCAGCUCUUAGUGUCUCUGUUCCAGGGUACAUCCCCAGCUACCUGGAGAAGGAUGAGCCAUGUGUGGUGUGCGGGGAUAAAGCGACUGGCUACCACUACCGCUGCAUCACAUGUGAGGGCUGCAAGGGUUUCUUCCGCAGGACUAUACAGAAGAACCUGCAUCCAGCUUACUCGUGUAAAUAUGAAGGCUGCUGCAUCAUCGACAAGAUCACCCGCAACCAGUGCCAGCUGUGCCGCUUUAAGAAGUGCAUCUCAGUGGGCAUGGCGAUGGACUUGGUGUUGGACGAGUCAAAGCGUGUGGCCAAGCGGCGUCUGAUUGAGGAGAACCGACAGAGGAGGAAGAGGGAGGAGAUGGUGCGGACGCUGCAGACGAGGCCGGAGCCAAACACGGCAGAGUGGGAGCUGAUCAGGAUGGUAACCGAGGCCCACCGGCACACCAACGCCCAGGGCUCCAGCUGGAAACAGAAGCGCAAGUUCCUGUCGGAUGACAUCGGCCAGGGUCCGGUGGUGCCCACCUCCGAGGGAGAUAAGGUGGACCUGGAAGCCUUCAGCGAGUUCACCAAGAUCAUGACUCCUGCAAUUACACGUGUCGUCGACUUCGCUAAGAAAUUACCCAUGUUCUCUGAGCUGCCUUGUGAAGACCAGAUCAUCUUGCUGAAGGGCUGCUGCAUGGAGAUCAUGUCAUUGCGGGCCGCGGUACGCUACGAUCCGGAGAGCGAGACGCUGACACUAAACGGUGAGAUGGCCGUGAAACGUGAGCAGCUGAAGAACGGCGGGUUGGGCGUGGUGUCGGAUGCCAUCUUUGAUUUGGGCAAGAGCCUGGCUCAGUUCAACCUGGAUGACUCGGAGGUGGCUCUGAUGCAGGCUGUGCUGCUCAUGAGCUCAGACCGUUCAGGGCUGACCAGUGUGGAGAAGAUCGAGCAGUGCCAAGAGGCUUACCUGCUGGCGUUCGAGCACUACAUCAACUACCGUAAGCACAAAAUUCCCCACUUCUGGCCCAAGCUGCUGAUGAAGGUGACGGACCUGCGCAUGAUCGGAGCUUGCCACGCCAGCCGCUUCCUCCAUAUGAAGGUGGAGUGUCCUAACGAACUUUUUCCACCGCUCUUCCUGGAGGUCUUCGAGGAUCAGGAAGUGUAACUUACAGAACGCCUAGUCCCCCUAAAAGCACCCUGGACACAGAAGGAAAUAAAUGGGGUGGCUUAAGUGGAAGAGGAAGCAUGGGGGGAAGGACAAGAGGCAAAGAAAGUCUAUAUUUUUGUUUUUUCUUGAAUGGGAACGUGCCCUGUAAUUUUUUUUUUUUUUUCUUGUCAAACACCUACCAGAUCCACCUCCUGCCACCAGCAAACACACCAGAGAAACACACUGACAAUCUGGAUUUGUGUAUUGUCAUUUCUAAAAGGUACACACACAUACAGUACAAAGUUGUAAACAGUUAGUUAUUCACCUAUAUAAAUUCCAGACACACUGCCGUGAACGUACAGUACAGUAGACCUUUAUGCAAAUCUCAGCAAUUAACUCCUCUUGCACCUGUUGGACAAACAACUGCACUCUGUUCCUACACUAAUGCAAACUGAGGGGCUCUGUCAUGUCCCUACUCCCCCCACAACCACCCCACACCACAAAAACUGUAUUAUUUUCUAUUUUUCGUUGGGACUAGACCAUUAGCUUCUCAGACGACCCCUACCCCCCCACCCCAUCUCCCAUGCACCUCCUUAACUGCAAGGGCACUCUCUGUCCGCGGGUGCAGCCCACCCCUCAUUCCUCCGAGGCUCUGCGAGUGUUUGUCGGCCUGCCUACCUCCCUCACGUACUGACCUCUCUAUCUCUCACUGUCUCACGUACACACAGAGACACACACAUGUUAUGUAUGUGCACAAAACACACCCCUACACUCUUACCUCAUAGCUUAUAUAAUGUAUUUCCUCAUUUGUUGUGUGGAUGAUGGUAGUUUAUUGGGAAAACAUGGAGCCACACAGUCCUCAGCUAACCAUGAAUCUCUCUGUUAGUGUUAGGAGAAGUUACAGUGGGAACAAUUUGUAUGAAGCCCUUAUCUAUAAUGUCAUUAUUAUUUAUAUAUAGACCUGUGUGGCACAUAAUAAUGCAUUAUAACAUUUGCUAUGUGCAUUACUAUGUUGUGAAUCUGCAGUCAGAACACAUUGGUAAGUUUUAAUCAUAAUACAGUUAUUUCAUUGUUAUUUGUUUCAAGUGAGGGCAAUAGUUUGCAUUUGGGAAAUACACUUAUUUUUCUUUAUUCUUCCGAAUAAGCAUAUUUACCAAAAUAACAGACAUGGGUCCAGAGUUGUGUAUUUUGACAACUGUUAGAUGAACUACGAUUAAGGAAAUCUCCCCAGAGGAUGACCUGUAAUGUCUUUUCAUCAGGUCUAAAUUUGGCUGUACUUUUUAUGUUCCAUGCCAAUGGAAACAAACUAGGAUUGUGAGUAUAGCAAAUGUAACUCUAAGCAAGAACAGAGACAAGGCCCAAAUGAGUGGUAACUGCUGUGAAGCCUAUUUGACAUUGUCAUCCUAUCAGCUUACAAAAAAGCCGCUAUAAAACUUUGGAUGCAAUUCCUGAAUGUCACAACAAGCAUCACAAUCAGCAGUUGACCCAUUUGCAAAGUCAAGAGCCACUCUGUUAUAUUUUAACUCCCAUCAAGUUAGAGGCAGGCUAAAUCCUGGUAAGUUAGCUGCUCAGUCUCUAGAUGUCUCAAGUGUGCACCCUUCAUUGACCGCACACAUUGAAGAUCAAGGUAAUUGAAUACCUGGAAGGACAAAUAUAUUUGGUUUCACAGGAAUAAAUGGGGCUCUGCCUCCAACUCUGUAUCCAGAGUUCUCUUAGUAUAUCCAUGGCAUGUUAGCAUAACAACCACUUCCAUUUAAACAUGCAUCUCUAUGGCUAUGGAUAAUUAAAGUGUGUUGCUAGGGAUCAGUUGACCCUUACUGUACUUGCUGUAAACAGUGAGGUGUGAGAAAGGCAUAUUGCCUGCUACAACCCCAUUCCUCAUUUAAUAUGUUUACAGGAAGUACUGUUUUAUUCUUAAUACAUAAGAGCUCUUAAUGCUUACUGAGCAGAGACUGAAAGAAAUAGGUGUAUUGUUACGAUACAGAAAGAAAAGGUAUUAUAGAUAUAGACUACAUGGAAAUCGUUUCCACUGUUUUAUAUCACAGUGUUACUGAGGAAACUAAAAUUGUUAGGUAACAAAUUUACAAUACAAUGUAGGUGCAAUAUGACUUGAAAAUGUAUGUUACUCAUUAAUACUGACAAGUAAUCUACUGUACUUACAUACGUAUAUACACAUAUAUAUCUAGAAUACCUCUCCGACACAUACCUCCUGUUUUUGUUACCUCACACACACACACACACACAUACACACACACACAUUGUACCCAUGCAGUUGUUUUUUGAUGUAUUACCUCAGUUGUUUUGUUGCUCCUCUCCUCCUCCUCCUGAAUAACUCCUGGGCUGCACCACACUUCUGUCUCUGUGUGUGUAUAUGAGUGUGUCUUCUCAUUGGAGCCCUCCCCCUGUUAAUCGCCGCACAGCCCCGCCUCCUCACCGACCCGCUGUCUUGUGAUAGGUCCAGCAAAGGAAGAUGGUGGUGGUGGGAGGGGAUGUUGUCACUUACCUCUGCACACCUGUACCCUUUUCAAGUCCAGCCUGAACCGACAGAUUCUACCUCACCUCUCAUCUCAGUGCAGCUGCCCCUCUGUCUGCAACACACUGACAUGCAUGCACACAUAUAUAAAUAUCUAUACAGCGCACAAAUGAGUUGCCAACAUGGACCUGUUGGGUGUGCUGCUCCACCGACAGUGUACAGCAGGUCUUUUAACCGGUCCGUGGUUCAACAUUUGACUUUUUCCCUUUUUUUUUUUUUCUUUUUUUUUCGUUUUAAUGACACACCACGUGGGACCAACAGUCACUCUGGAUUCAGUUUAUAUUUCACAACCCAAACCAACACCAACAGCAGGGGUGAAUUUAUGACAUUACAGUGUGCCGAUUGAACUCAAAGAAGACUGUCAGGGGACAAAGACUGCUGGAAGCUGAGACUCCAGUGGAAGCCAUUUUGGCCCGAUUGGGUCAGGCCAACGGACUUUUGUGGGUGGUGACUGGGAGGUAAGCAAGUGAGUCAGCAGUAUUCUCCUGUGGAUACGAUUUCAUCCCAGCCGAGGUGAGGGAUGCGGUGAGUGAGUGACUUUGGCAGGUAGCGAUGUGACUCAGGCCAGGCCAAUAGCAGACCGCCACACAAGAUUGGACCCUUGUCCUCGCACCUGCAGUGCACCUCUAGAUCCUUCCCUCGCCGUCGCAGCAGAAAUGGACACCAAGCAAUUUUAAAGACUUUCUGAGCGACUGUCCUAUCCCAGACACUUGGAAUAUUAAUUAAACACUGCUGAAAUAAGCUCCACCAACCAUAUCCCGAAUUGCCAUCCACGACAAAUAACUAUCAGGUUUUUUUCUGUUGCACUAAAACCACAAUGUCUGUAUCCCUUAGUAGCCCUGGACCCCUUCCUUUACCCCCUUCCCCCACAGCUCUCCUGUUCCUGCCUGUAUUUAGCAGUCUUAACAGUAUUCUCUAACACACCCAAGAACACACACAGUUUGUUAUCUCUCGAUUACCUGUUGAAACCAACAAGGACUGUGACAUGGCCUUCAGGCGCCGCCACUCUCAGUGUUACUAAUCUAUGGUGCAGGGUAUUAAAAUAGAACCGUAAGCGCUGAUUAUACAGGGAUGCACACACACACACACACACAGCAGCAGCAGCAGCACACACAGCAAUAGGAUGAUCAAGCAGUACAGUUUCAUACCCGCCAUCUCCCGGCCUUGUGUGUUUGUACCGUACUUUGCUCACUAUCACUGUGAAUGAAAGCCAUGCUGCAACCGGGUCAUGACUCAGACAGGGAACCGCUGGCUUAGUAAUUCUGAUUCCGAAGUUAAUGUGCCUCACAGAGGUCGGUAAUACAAAUAUACAUCAUACAGUAUACAGAAGCAUAUAUUUAUGGAUAUAUAUAUAGAUAUAUAUAAAUGUUACAGUUGUAGUUUGUGGCAUUAGAGCUUGUUCAGUUGCUGAAUUUCUGCUGCCAGCUCAAAUCCGAUCAUGAAUCUGUCUGACCAGUCAUGUAGCAAGGGGGGUCAGUACACAGUUUACCCAGUUGUAUUAAUAUCUUUAAAGUCAUUCUUACACAUUGUUUGCAGUUGACGUCAUAUUGCAUUAUGAUGCUUGUUUGCCUUGUGGUGAUCGCCGACUAACUUUCAUAGUUUACCCGCCUUUCACAUACCUCUGAAUCACUUCAUUUAGCACAGCGAGUACCUUAAGCAGCUCUGUUUGUUUGUCCGGUUUCAGGGCCACAAACAUGAGAUCAGGUCUGGUCCACAUAACUUGGCAAAUUCAGGUUAAGAUUUGAGCUGGCAGCGCAGCCACUCUCGUCUGUCUGUCCCUCUCUCUCUCUCCUCACUCUGUUUCUCUCAGCCAAAUGAUCAUUGGAGAAAUCCUCACCCCGUCCUCUUAAAAAAAAAAAAAAAAAAAACACACACACACACCAGCACCACAGAGCACACUGCCUUCAGCCAUGAUCAGUUGCACCAGCAUAGCAGAGAGACAGACUGUCAGUGACCAUCCUCCUCACCAAAAAGCCAUUUUACCUGGACAUCACUGCUAGCUAUGAUAGUGCUAUGUUCACUCAGCAGGCAAAUCCAUUAGUUGUUCAAAUCGGAUCUGUUAACAGUGUUAUUUUUUUGGUAAAAACUAAUUUGAGUAUGAGCAUUUGCUGUCUGUAUGACCUUGGUAGUCGUUGCGAGAGGGCAGCCAGGCACACAGUGAUGAGGAACAUGUUUCGCGCAUGACCAACAACUCGAGAUGCUGCAACAAACCAAUGACACAGGGUGCUAAUUCUGACUUUUACACCUCCAUCACCCCCCCUUGCAGUGCAUUCACAAGGGAAAGGCAUGAAGCUUAUGAAAGUUUCACGGAUUUGCGCUGCGUGUUUGGUCGUAACCGGGGUGGUGGCACAAGAGACAAUUAUGCAGGCAAAGCUAAAUGGAAAGGACUUCCAUUAUAAGAGCCACAGAGUCAAAAUAGUGUUUCCCUCUAAGAGUAAAACAUGGUUUGACAAAAGCAGCCAGGUUAGUUGCCUCAAAAGCUGCACCGUGUACUACUACCUGCGCACCCUGUAUUACUUCCCGCACUUCAAGGCCAAGCUGCAAAUGACAACCUCCGUCUUUUCCGCACUGUGACCACAGAAUUGUGUUUCUCUCUCUCUCUGUCUCUAAGAAUAAAGUUAGGGUUCGGUUUAAUGUUUGUUUACACUCAGCUUAAAUGUGAAGAUGUAAAAGCUCCGUCACUGCGGCAUGGCGUAAAACUAUAACAACCGCUCUGAAACAUGUCAUUUGUUUUCCACAAAUAAACACUUCAACUACUUUUAUUACUUACCCAGGGAAAACAUAAGUCAAUAACAUCCUCUCUAUCUUCCUAACAUCUGUCGUUUCCUGUCCUUCCAUCUCCAAUACCCGACGUUCCCAUUCACUGGUUCCUGUUUAUCUCAGUCCCGUCCCGAAUCCUCAUCCCUGUCCCCUUUCUCUAUUUAUUUCACUCUGUCCUCUUUCCUUCCCACGCACACGAACACUCACAGAAACCCACCCCAACUCAUACUAGCACUCUGGUUGAGAAAGAUGACAAUCCCUGCAGGAAUAUGUCCACAUGUGGAAUGUAAAAUACUGAAAUUGUACGAUUAAAGACACGGUGUGAAGUCCCACACUCAUGUUGUUUUUGAUGUUGUUGAUGUUGCUUUCGUUGUGCACCAAGUGUUCGUUGUUAUGCUUAUUCUGGGGUGGAUGAGUUCGUAGUUGGGUUGAAAACCUUGAUCGUGUGUGACAGACUGCUACUGAAGUCCUUUUUUUUUUUUCUAAAUAUAGUAUGUUUAUAAAAGAUUUGGAGUGACGUAAAGCAAGAGCAAUGAAGUGACUUUAUUUUGGAUAGAGGAAAACAAACUGUUUUUUAUGAGUAUUCUUUCAUGUUGAUAUUACUUUGCAUCUGAUUUCAUUGGUAAGUAAAUGUCUGUCUGUCUGUGUUGAUGCUUUACUGUGAGAAAAAUGGCUGUAUAUGCACUUUUAGACCAUCGUUGGUGCCGUGGUAGCUAGCGCUCAAACAUCACCCAAGGGCCAGGGUUCAAAUCACCUUCAGUUUAGCUGAUUGAAAAAGAAGUUUUGCAUGGCAGCCUGCUGUUCACACGUGUAAUCAGAUUUAGCAUUUAGACUUUUUAGUUGCCUUAUUUUGGUGUUGCAAUCUGCAAGUACUGUGUUACAUAUUCAGAAGUCAGAACAAAACAAAACACACCCAUUUGUCCAUUGGUCUCUUUGCACUGCGUUGUCGGAUCUGCAGUGUGUAUUCCACCACCUUGAUAUACUCCAUUUAAUCAUAGGUGACUUGUGUUACUCAUAGUAUUUAUCUUUUAGCAACACAAACUAAGUCACUGGAUUCAUACUGCAUUUUUUUCAGAUUCUCAAGUUUUGAUGCCUACAAUUUCCCACCAUUUUUUUUGUCACUUACCACCACUGCUGCCAUGACAGGCAGGAGACACUGUAAAUACAUCCGAGUACAUGCAUUUUUGAAUCUUAAAACCCUCUUAAUGACGCAAUGUAAGCAUAGUUUUUCACUAGGACCCAAGAGUUUUCACAACUUGAAAUACAUAAAAAGAACUUACGCUCACUAUCAUGUGGAGUUUAAUGCUCAGGCCACAUUGCUCUUUUUAUAUCAUUGGCUGUAACUGAAUUAGAAACUAAUUGGGAACUGCGUGGUUUUGUCAUAUCCCAUAAUAAAGUGAAUAGCAUUUCUACAGCCAGUGUUUCUACACACAAAUUAAACAGCUAUAUCUAUAUGGUGUUUUGGGCCUAAAAGACCAUUUGUGUGGUCAGUGAACAGUGAGGCACAGGGCUCUGGCUGCUAGCCAUCUAUAUGAAGAAGUCAGAUAUUGUUUCCCAAGUCCUUAGCAUGCACAUUAGUUAGCUCUAAACCUAUCUGGGUCUGCUUCCACACUCAUAUUGGGUAAAGUGGACCAACUCUAGCUAACACAGCAGCUAACAAGACAUUUUACAGUUCAGUUUCACUUCACACAUGUACAAUUAAUGCAUUUCUUUUUCGUAGGGACUGUACAAAAUGUGUUAGCAAAGGAAAGGGAGGAAACUCUUAAGUUUUCAUAUUGAUAUUGAUACUAAAUUGGAAAAGCAUUGGAUAAAGAUUUAAAGAAUAAUUUCCUGCUCUUCCUUCAACAAAAUGAAUGGUUCAAUAACUUUGCCCCUUCCCAAUGACUUUCAUACAGUCCCUUGAAGCUAUUUUGGAAGGGGAUGUUUCAUUUUAUAGUAAACUUAGGUCAUGCUGAAUCUAUUAUGCAGUGAGUUGAACUGAAAGUGAAUGAACCUGAAUCCUGCUUUCCACAGUCGCUUGAGCUGUAUCACUCGCUAAGCUGAGUAUUUGCUAAUAUCCCUGAUCUGGGUCAAUUAAAACAAAAAAAUACAAACAAAAAAACAAUACAAAAAAAAAAACAACCCAAAAAAAAAAAAAAACAGCCACAACCUGAUCUUAGCCAUUAGAUUGCUCAAAAUGAAUCUGACCUUUGACCAGGGCUCAUUUUACAAUGUAUAAAUCUGCUAUGUAUUAAUCUCAGUGUUGUGACAAGAAUAUUGCGUUUGAUGGAUUAAAGCAGCCUCACACACAAAAAAGGAAAGCAACAAAAAGAAAAAAAUCACAAAAUACAAACCAAAAAAAACAGAGAUUUAUACAACUGUUCAUACCUCAUUGUACUGCCAUGUGCCAGAGUAAAGGAGGGGGAGUGAUCAGUCUCAAGCAAGGAAAAUCACUAGUGGUUGUCAGACUAUGAAACAAGACCCAGCAGUGGUCUUAAAAUGUGGCUCCAAUUAUUUUUAUUGAAAAUAAAAGUUGGUGGCUUGAAUAGUUUGUAAGCAAGACAGUUUGGUUUGGAGCUCCUGACCAUGUCCCUGAAAUGUAAGCUAGACUUUAAAAAAAAAAAAAAGCAACCCACGCAAAAUGUGAUGAAGAGGGUGAAGGAAUUUAGUUAAAAAUGCUUACAGGAUCAGUUCAGGUCUUAAGAUACACCAUUGUGACAAUGUUGUGGCUCCAGAAGAAAAAAGAAAAAAGUUUGAAAAUGACUGCACGUACUUUGUUUUGUUCUUACGGAACUGAUAGCAUGAGAUAUGAAGCCACACUUUUGAGUAUUUAUAUUCAGCUGGCAGAUAUUUAUUCCCUCUGUACGUGUGUUCUGCCCUGACAAACCAAGAGAGGACCGACAUCUUAUCGGGACGCUGAGUAGUUUGGCCAAAUUAAAUCUUUAAAUGCAAAUUACAUUUUCCAGAAUAGUCGGCAGUGCCAAUGAAAUCAAAGGUGGUGCUCCUGCCCCCUCGAAAACGGCUUUGAAGAGAGAUGCGGUCCUCUUCAAGCCUUCAGAUCUUCACAAGUGCAGAAAAUGCAGUUAGAUAUUUCUAUUUUUGACCAGUGUACUUUAAUACAGGCCAGUCAAUUGUGCCUUGAACAAGAAAGGUCUAGGACCCCAAGUCCCAGCCUGCUAUUCCCAUGAUAACAAUGUCCUCUCUUGUUUUUGUUGGUCGCUCCCUGCAGCUCCCCUUCACAGUGACUUUAUGCAGUAGCACACAACCCGGCCCUAAUUAGCGUAUCUGAGAGACAUCAUGUGAGGCCAUGCACAAGCAGGAGACUAUUUUCUGCUAGCGAAGCAGCCAUAAUUUUUUUUUUUUUUUUUGGCACAGCACAGUGUUGAAUGUAAAUCUGAAUGAGACGCGGGGUGGAGACGGACCCCAGCUGAGAGAUUGGUGGUGUAUUUUAUAAUGCUGGUUGUGGGUUUGUAAUGGGCACAGUUGUCGUUCGUCUUGUUUUCUGUGACAAAUCAUUCAUGGCACAAUCAGAGAAUGGCAUCUCAAUGGCUCAAAGCUGUUUGUGUUUGUGGCUAUGUGACGUUCAUUUUCAACAUUAAAAAAUAUUUGAUAUCA